UGCAGCUAGAAGACUAACUAACUGCUCGAUGAUAACUCGCAAGAAAGGGCUGCGCUCGCAUGGACUCAGUUCUGGCCCGGAUUAUACCGUGAAUAUAGCAAGAAUCCAUUUUCAUCUCAUGAGGUAGAGCGAGAAUGUCAGAAACCGGAGCAAAAAGCGAUGUUACUAGCAGUGCGAAUGCCAGAUCUGAAGAAGUGUCUUCCUCAAGCGAAGCUGAACAUCCUGAUGAGAACCUUCUCCUGGCGGCUGCCUACGUGUAUGAUGCCCAAUACAACAGAAAUAUUCCCUUUGAAACGUCGCCACAAGCAGUCAGACUUUAUUAUUUUUACAACCAUUGGGCUAUGCAAUUAGCAACUUACCUCUGCAUCAUUGUGGACUUGUCCUUGGCCUUGUUUGAAGAGCCUGCUGUCUACCCUCUGCCAUUUCUGGUGACGGCCGUAGUUGAAGUGUUAUGUCUGAUGGCAUUCUUUGGUCGUCUGGUGCACUUUAGUAGAGUUACCCCACGCAGAGUCUUCUGGAAGGAUACAAAGAACAUAUGCGUUAUGGUCACUAUAAUGCUGAACUUAAUUGAUUUGAUCAUUUAUGGAGCUCUAAGUAUUGCUUACGUACACAGCGUUCGAUGGUCAAGGGUAUUACGACCUAUUUAUCUGGUAAACUUUGCUGAAAGUCGCCAGAUACGCAGAGCAUUCCGGAGUAUACGCAACACAUUACCAGAAAUCCUUUAUGUCUUACUCCUGUUCUUGUUUAGCGUUCUUAUGUUUUCUCUGAUGGCACUGAAACUUUUUGGAUCCAGAAAGCUUAAAACGGCUGAAGGAGAACCAUAUUUUGAAAACUACCUCGAAGGUGUAUUUAACCUAUAUGUACUGGUAACGACUGCUAAUAGUCCAGAUGUUAUGAUGCCGGCCUAUGACUACAACUGGUGGUAUUGCAUUUUCUUCAUAGCCUACAUUAUACUCAACACCUACAUCUUCAUGUCAGUCUUCCUUGCAGUUGUUUAUAACAAUUACCGAAAACAUCUAAAGAAUGAGAUCCGUAAACUAGCUUACAUGAAGCGACGCAAGAUGAUGGAGGCCUUUGGUGCCGUAAAAGUGAAGGAAGGUUCAGAGUUUGUCGUACCAGAGGCCAGGUGGAAGCACCUUGUGAAACUGGUGGCACCCGACAUAAGUAACUCCCACAGAGAACUGCUCUUGCGAGUAUCUGCUGAUGAGAACACCGGGCAUGUUGGAAAGGAGUCCUUUAUGCGCCUGGCUGACCUGCUAAACAUCAAAGUGAUCACUAUGAAGGCACGUAUGCACCCCUUCGAAAGCUGGAUGCCUUAUUUAUACAAAUCUACUUUAAGUCGCUUCAUCCGCAGGGUUGUCAGGCACAAAGGAUUUGUUUAUGCAUUUGAUGUGAUCAUUCUAGUGAAUGCAAUUUUUAUUGCCCUGGAUGAUGAAAACCCAUUGAUCUCUAAUGCAGAAUGGGUAUUCCUUGGAUUAUAUUUAGUAGAAAUACUUCUGAAGCUGUACACUUAUGAACCCCGGACAUUUUUUGCCAAGAACCAGUUCUGGAACUGGUUUGAUACGUUCAUCAUUGUUGCUGCUCUAGUUGCCACAAUUGCCAAUGCAGUGCUGAAGUCCUCAAGCCAAUAUAACAGCCAGCAGGUCCUAGACAUCGUAUUCAUUUUAAGGGUUCUUCGACUCAUCAGGAUCAUCGACAGUAUACAAAGAUUUCGAGUAAUUGUGAAUACGUUGAUCAACAUUGUACCAACUAUGCUGACCUUCGGAGGACUUAUUUUAGUAAUAUACUAUGUAUUUGCAAUAAUUGGAAUGGAAAUUUUCAGUGGCAAAAUACAGUUCUUCCCAGAGAACUCCACAGACCCUCUUGCCCAAGACUGUGGAGCUGCAGCAUUAAGAGGCUCUGCCUUUGCCAAGGGCAGAUACUGUAGGAAUAACUUCAACGACAUUGCGUCGACCUUUAUAGUUCUCGUGGAGCUUACUGUUGUCAAUCAGUGGCAUGUUCUGGCUACUGGGUUUUCUUUGGUUACCCAUCCUGCAGCAAAGCUGUAUUUUGUUGCAUUUCAUGUGGUCAUCGUCAUCAUGAUCAUCAAUAUUUUUGUAGCGUUUAUUUUGGAAGCGUUCUUUGUUGAGUAUUCACUAGAAAAGAGUGAAGUGGAAACUGCCAUUGAGAAGAAAAUCCAGGAGCUAGGAAUGGCUGUGCAAGAGGGAGACUCAGGAAGCCUGGUAGGCAACAUGGAAAAUGGCGACAGUGAUCUUCGUCAUUUUGGAGAGGCAAAUCAAAAAGGGCUGAUGUUUCGAAUUGCUUCAAAACGGUACCGAACAGUGGACGCAUUGCUGCAGCGUAUGUUUGAGGCAGAGAUGCCUCUAGAAGAUGAAAUUCCACAGAUGGACGAGAUAUUAAACUUGUCUCCUAAUGACCUAUAUAUUCAUAAUCCUAACUUUAAUGCAGCUGCCUAGUUAUGGAAUGGAAUAAUCACUUUACACAGGAAUCAAGGGAACCAGGAGUUUACAAAACUCGCUGCGCUGCAGGGGACCAGACAGACAUCUGAUUGCUGGAAAAUAUGACCUUCAUCUUGUUGGUUUUUACAUUUCUUCUG